CCUUCCCUGGAACUGAUAGGAGCUGGGAAAGUGCCGCUUUUUUAUACAGAAGAUGGGGUUGGGCAGAGGGGGUUAGGGAGUAAAAUGCUAGGUGGGGAUAGAGCCCAAAGAGGGAGGAGAACAUUUGGGCAAAGACAUGGAUAAUGGUCAACUCAGGAGUAGGAAUAACGCCAAAAUGGGGGCUAUAAGUGGUUGUGUAUCAUGGGAUAACAAAGCCUGGGGUGUGGAGAGUUGGGUGAAGAACAUGGCAGAAGGGGUCUCAAGCCCUGAAAUUUAUUGAACUCGAUCAGAAGACUAUAGAGUUCCCAAGACGGAAAUGAGGUGCUGAUCUACCAGCGUGCGCUGGGAAUGGAACCUGACUGGCUCAUCUGAAGAGAAAGCGUCGAGGAGGACCGCUUGAGAUCAUGUCGCUGAACAAUUUCCACUUCAUUCACAGCAUUAAGAACUCGCCGGCUGUCUUCCGGAGGUUCAAGAACAAGACAAAGAGUCUAUCCCACGGCGACCCGCUGUUCAAGGUGCAUUACGUGGGCAUGGAGAAAAUCUAUUCCCUGCAGGUUGAACAGACCCGGGAAGUGGUGAACCGUCUGGUGGAGAAGGUGUCAGGCAAGACCUGGAAGGAUCAUGCCUUGGUGGUGAGACCGCGCUAUCUGGAGGUGAAGGAGAUCUCGAGCAGCCGGCAAAUCACCAAAACCUACCUGCACGACAUUGCCUACUGCACAGCAGAUAGAGACCGCACCAAUGUCUUCCUCUACAUCUGCAAGAAAAAGGGGCAGCUUCAGUGUUGCGUCUUCCUGUGCAGCAACGCAGAGAAAGCCAAGGCCAUCACGGUCUGUUUGGCCAAGUCCUUCGAGGCAGCUUUCAGUCAAUGGCACGAGACGUGCAACCACCGGGCAACGCCGGCCCCCUCCUCGGGCACUGACCCCAGGCUUGACCAACAGGGCGAUCCGCACCGCUGUGCAGGCAGCUCGUUGGACGAGGAAUCGGAAGUCAACAGGCCACUGGAGAGCGACGAAGAGGCAGAGGUCAGGAUGCACCAGGAGUUUCUACAGCGGGCGACAUCAUUCCGAGCCCCUCACCGCCUGGACACUGGCUACCACGAUGUGGAGGAUCUGACCAAGGACUCCACAGUCCAGCAGCUCGUCCGGGGCGAGCAGGAAGGAGACUGACCGUCCACUCGCCUCCCCCCUGCUCGUUUAGUAUUGACUAUUCCUUCACAGAGGUGGGGUGAAAGAAAAUUAAUUGGCAACGUGAACCCCCUAAGGGCACAACGUCGCAAUCUUCAAACUGAAGGCUCUUACUGAUUGUGUGUGUUUUUUUAAAAGCCUAAGUGCGUGAUGAAUGCAAUUUCUCCCCAAAAGGGAAGCUUUUUAAUCGAUGAUGGGUCAGACUGCCAAAAAUGUGAGAAUAGCACCUCCAACACAGCAAUGUUAAGUGUUUCGAGGGGAAGACUGCUUUUCCUCUUCAACAGCUCGUACUUUUCUUUAUUUGAGACCUUUACAUUCAAAUCCAUGCUUCCUGCCUGCACUAGUGAGCCUGUGUAUAUUGUGCAUCGACAAUGAGUUGAUCUCAUUGAAACUUAGAUGAUCCAUGGCAGGAUAGAUACAGACAGACUGUUCUCCCCCUUGGCUAGGGAAUCCGUAACUCUGAGAAACAGUGUGAGAGAGGUUCACGAUCUCCGUUUAAGAAGUCAGCUGUUUUUGAAAUGAGAUGAGAAGAAAUUCCUCCCAUUUUUUUUUUGACACAAAGGGGAAUGGGGAUAGGAUUGGAAGAUCAGCUGCGUGGGUUGGGGAGAGAAAGCUCAAAGGGGCCGAAUGGUCUCUUCCUGCUCCUAAUAAUUAUGCCUAUGUUGUGCAUUACGCUGUGAAGCCGUGAGCCUUAAUAUGCUGUGGAGGCAGACACUAGCUCCGUUUGAUUGAAAUUCUCCCACCCAGGAGCGUAGUUGCUCUGUACUGUUCAUGGAUUCUAGUUGGAAAACGCUGGCUAUGGACAGAACAGCUCCAUAGUCGCUUGUUUCUACCAGGAAGUGCAACCCUAUUGAAAACGGAUUUGCAAAUUACCCAGAACCAUGUUAACUUUCAGUUGGCUCAUGUUUAGUUUUGAAUGACACCACCAUCGAUCAGGGAGGGGAAUUCAGACACUGUUUUGUUUUAUCUUUUAAGAUGUCUGUUGGAAGGAGAUGUUCCAGGUAAAGGGCUCACUAACUCCUUUCUCGUCUGCCUGUGGGAAAUAGCAGCUUACCCACACGAAAUACAUGACAAAUUUUGUUUCUUAAAAGCGGGAUUGUUUUACAGAGUUCAAACAUUCCAGUAGAAGUUGAAAUGGAGUUAUUGGUGUCGUGUGGAAUUGUGCAUCUAAUUCUCAGACUCUCUCUCUCUCUCUCUCUCUCCUCAACUCCGUCUCUGAAGAAGGGUCUAGGCGUGAAACGUCAGCCUUCCUGCCCCUCUGAUGCUGCUUGGCCUGCUGCGUCCAUCCAGCUGCACACCUUGCUUUCUCAGGUUCUCCAGCAUCUGCAGUCCCUACUACGCCCGUCUCUCAUCAGCUAGUUUGCCUUUUCCCACCUCUUGUAAACAUUGUCUAUUUUCAUCUCCUGGCGAAGCACAUCGACUGCUGAAACCCUCAGCCACAUCACUGUAACCUUUCUGACAGAGUGUUCUGUCACACUCCUGCCCAACAUCUUCAUGAGUUCAUCCAGAACUUUGUAUGCCAUGCUUUGCCUCAGCACCCUGCGAUCCGUAAGUCAUUGUUUGCUACAAUCUGCUCACAAAACAAAACUUUUCACUGUACAUAGAUACAUGUGACUAUAGUAAAUCACAUCAAAUGAAACCAACCUGAACUCGCUCAGUGGUUAGCCCUGCUGCCUCUUAGCGCUAGUGACCUGGGUUCGAUCCCACCCUCGGGCGACUGUCUGUGUGGAGUUUGCACAUUCUCCCCGUGUCUGCGUGGGUUUCCUCCGAGUGCCCUGCUUUCCUCCCAUGGUCCAAAGAUGUGCAGUGUAGGCUAUGCUAAAUUGCCCAUCAUGCCUAGGGAUGUUUAGGUUGGGGUGGGUUAGCCAUGGGAAAUGCGGGGGUAGGGGAAUGGAUCUAGGUGGGAUGCUCUUCAGAGGGGCAGCGUGGACUUGUUGGGCCAAAUGGCCUGUUUCCUCUCUCUUGUUUGUUAUGACAUCCCUUAAACCCCAGCUUUCUGACCAAACUCUGAGUCACCUGUUUCCUGUUACGUGGCUUGGUGUCAGCUUUGUUUGUUAACUUUCUUUGGGACGUUUAGCUUCACCAAAGGUAUUAGAUAAAUUCAUUGCUGUUACAGCCGAGAUAAAAAUGUCUUAUUUUGUUUUGUGCCGGUCUUCUGUAGCUCCCCUCCUCUCCUGAAGUGUUGACUCCCCCUUGUUUGUUGACACACACUGCCAAUUUUUAAUUGCUUCGACACACUUGAGAACAAAAUGUUUUAAUUUUGCUGGGAAUGUUUCCAGGGCGUUAACUGUCUGUUCCUUAUCUGUGGCCACUUUUCUCGGCAAAGCCUAAUUCUUGUUCAGCCCUUGACAGUGAUCACUAGCAUUUUGACAUGAGGGAGAACGGAAAAACGUCACAUCUUAAGACUUGACUCCUGAUGCAUUUUUUUCCUAUCAAAAUGCUUCUGACAAUGAUUUGCUUUGGAAAUGCUCUGGGCUGCUUACAGGCAAAACAAGAGCAGAUAUUCCGAUGCAGAGACGAGGUGAUUGACCAGUUUACCUUGUGUUCACAGAAGGUCACAGUGACAGAAUAGUUAUCUGCGCAGUGGCGUUUUUAAAAAUAAAAAAAUUCUUUCAUGGGAUGUGAACAAAACAGGCAAAGCUAGUGUUUGUUCUGCUCUUGAGAUAUCUUAAGUACAAGCCACGUCAGUCAGAGAAUUUUAUAGCACUGAAAGAGGCUCUUCGGCCCAUCUCUUCAAAGCCUGUUACCAAUCACCUAUUUAUUCUAGUCCCAUCUUACAGCACUAGGCUUUAUAUGUUACAGCGGGUCAAGUGAUCGUCAAAAUACUUGAUUCGU